GUCUCAUUGUUGUUUUGGAAACUUUCCUACUCUCAUUAUUUAAGUUUAAUAAAAAUAAAUUGUAAUUCAUUAAAUUACAAUAAUGAAGGAAAAAGCAACUAUCGUGAAGGUGUAUCCUCGUAAACGCAACGCCGCAAUGCCUACGCUGUUGAAAUUCCAAAAUGGUCAGCUAGGAGCCGUAAGUAAGGAUGCUACACAAUUUACUCGUCUGCAGCAAAAGCGUGGUAAAGAGACAAAUGCCAAUAUUGCAAUGGUGACUGCCAAUGACCAAAUUUAUCAUGGUAUCAUGGAUGUUGGUGAGGCUGCAGCGCUUACGGACACUUAUAUCUGUGUCCGCAAUAAAAUAACAAAUAAGCUUCGUAUUAUUCCCAUUGAACAAGCUACACUCAGCAAUCAUAUUUUCAAUACUCUUGAGCAAAAACCUUUACCAACUUUGACAGCCGAACACACCAGAGCUGUGCUAAUGAAACAAUUUGGUGGGCGAAAAGCUGCACGUUUUGCAGCUAAUCAAGAAAAUAAUAAGGUGAAUGUCGAAGUAUUAAAGAAUGAUUUGGACAACACUGUGCGUGAAGCGGAGUUCAGCAAAGAAGGCGAGGAACAACCCGACACGCAACAUAACUUUGAUAUUUUGCGGCCUAAAUUCAAUAAAGACGCUAAAAAGGUGGAAGAAAUGUAUGAUGUACAUGAUAUUGUGCCUGCAGAUCUGCUCGACCGUUUAGAUGAGGAAUCGAAAGUGGUCUACUCAACACCAGUUGCUAAGCUACCAAUACAGUCGGAAUACUUAUGCAAAUGUAUAAAAAGUAUACAGGAUAAUUCGCCAACACCAGAAGGAUUUUUGCAUUUGAAAUUAAUUAUAUACAUGGACUGUUUACUAAAUUUGAUCAAAAGUCGUGCACGUUCAAUCAAAACAAUUGAACUUUCCGGCAUUACGGAAAAAGCGGAAAACGAUGUUCGUUCACGUUUCUCUGAUCCUCAUUCAAAACCUUUUUCUCGAACUUCGCACACAUCGGAAAAGGCCUUGUGCUAUUUUAUAGUUCUUGCAUUGAUAAUCAGCGAAAAUUUUACCGUGGAUUUGAAUGUGUUGGCUCAGGAGUUGUGUGUUUCAAAAGUUAAAUUGGUGAAGUUUGCCCAUAUUGCGAAUGCAGUCCGACCUUCGAAGACCGAUUUGCUGACUUUACGUUUGCCAAGCAAAAUGACUGCUUUGCCAAUGGGAUUUAGUAGGAAGUCAAAAAAUUAAUCACUCCCAUUCCCUAGUUUUUUCAAAAGUUGGAGCCUUAGUCAUUUGUUAAAUAUAGACGAUUAGAUAUUAAAAAAUACCAA